CAGUUAUCAAAUGUAUAAAUAGACUCGUACAGCGUACGUGAGGAUUCACUGUAUGGCAACAUUUCAAAUCGCAUCAUGCCGCUACACUAAAUUUAGUAUGGCUGAUUUGACCGUGAUUUCGCGCUAGCGUCGCGAAUUUAGUUCAAUUUUGGUUGUCAUAAUGUACGGGCGUUUAGGAAUAGUAGCUUUGUUGAGCUGGUUGGUGGCGUUCCCCCGUGCUUUGGAAGGGGCAAAGAUACUUGGCGUUCUGCCAUCAGCAGGAUGGUCACACUACGCUAUCGGUGAAGGAUUGAUGAAAGCGUUGAAUCGGGCAGGUCAUGAUGUAACGGUUAUCGCGGCACACAGUUGGAAGGAAGCUCCCGCUAAUUAUCGAAAUAUCGAACUGAAGGAAUUGGUUUUUGACAAAGGAGGUUCUGAACCUGACCUUUUCCAAUACCGCAAUGAUUUGUACUUGAAAGUUCUUUAUCUGUUGUACACACAGAUCGGGCCAGGCUUAUCAGAGCUCAUUUUGACGCAUCCGAAGGUUAGGGAAUUAUUGAAUUCUGAUGAAUCGUUUGACGCCGUAAUUGUGGAAUGUUUCGCAAGUGAUGUCCUCUACGGUUUCGCCCAGCACUUCAAGGCUCCUCUCAUUGUGUUUUCACCUUUCGGAGCAUCCAUGUGGGCAAACGAUCUUGUCGGGACGCCAUAUCCUUACUCGCAAAUUCCGCACACAUUCCUCCGCUACACCGAUCGGAUGACGUUAUGGGAGCGGUUUCUGAACACGUUGCUGUGGAACGUGGAUCGUCUCUACUACGAGAAUGUGUUUCUUCCGAGGCAGGUGGAAAUGUACUCCAAGUACUUCCCAAACGCGACGCAAUCGCUAGAGCAGAUUAUGAAAAACGUCAGUUUGGCACUGCUUAACCAACACUUUAGUCUGAGCUUCCCACAUCCUUAUGCGCCGAAUAUGAUCGAAAUAGGAGGAAUACAAAUUGCGGAACCCAAAACUCUACCCGAGGACCUUCAAACAUUUUUGGAUGCUUCAAAACAUGGGGCCAUUUAUUUCAGCAUGGGUUCGAUGUUGAAAGGAUGCAAAUUUCCUGAGGAAAAGCGUAACGCUAUCAUAAAUGUGUUUGGCAAACUAAAACAGAACGUCCUAUGGAAAUACGAGAACACUAGUCUUCCUAACAAACCGAAAAAUGUUCUCAUUAAAAAAUGGAUGCCACAAAAUGAUAUUCUGGCUCAUCCCAACGUAAAACUAUUCCUUACGCACGGAGGACUUCUCGGUUCGACGGAGGCUCUGUACCACGGCAAGCCGAUGGUUGGAAUUCCCAUUUAUGGCGAUCAACGGCUCAAUAUGGCUCGUGCCGCAACAGCCGGCUACGGGGUAUCGGUGGAAUUUGAAGACUUGAGCGAGGAAUCGAUUGCUCGAGCAAUCAACGUUAUUCUGAACGACUCUUCUUUCGCCACAAACGCUCGGCUCAUAUCGAGGAGAUUCCGCGAUAAACCGAUGGGUCCGGCGAAAACAGCGGUCUUCUGGGUGGAAUAUGUUAUCAGACAUAACGGCGCGCCGCACAUGCGUUCCUCCGCGUUGGACUUAUCAUUCUUCGAGUACAGACUGUUGGAUGUGUACGCUUUGAUGCUGCUGAUUGUGCUGUUGAUUUUAGGUGGUUUAUACGUUACGGUAAAGUUGACCUUGAGAUCGCUUUGCUCAAAUUUAAAACGGGGCCUUAAAAAUAAGCGGGAAUAAUAGUGGUUUGAUCGAAUCUCAUUAAGAGAUUCAAGUGAUGUAGAUAAAUAUACAAAUCGUUAUUGGUGCUUUCUGUCGAAAAUCUUAUAGUUAAAUAUACUAGAAUCUGUAAAAUUUAUACUACCUCA